AUGACCGUGGGGCCAUCAUUUCGAGAUGACCUAAUCCAGGAAAUGGUUCGCUAUGGAGGGAGUGAAUUACAUACAGUGGCAGCGUUCGUUGGAGGCUGUGCUGCUCAUGAAUCCAUCAAGCUUCUCACCUGUCAGUAUGUCCCACUUGACAACACUCUAAUCUACAAUGGGUUGACUGGUUCUUGUGCCACUUUCAAGUUCUGA